AUGGCUUGCCAAAGCUGCCGAUACCAGGCUAGGCUCCUGGCCCGGAGCCUGCGCGCCACCGCCGACCUCGCGUCCGCAUCGCCCUCCCAGCAGACCUCCAUCGCCGCGACAGCACGCCGGGCGGCAUUGACGACAUCCAAGACCGGCCCGGCGGCGGCGGCGGCGGCGGCGACUACCACCAUGGGGAGGAGGUACUUCAGCCAGACGGCGACGCGGCGGGAUGCGGCGCCGUCAUCCGGCGGGCUCAAGCAGGCCAUUGCGUCGGGCAUGAUGGCCGCCGCGCCAAAGACCAUGGCCGCGACCCUGACUACCUCCCGCCUCGAGGCGCUGUACAAGAUCUGCUCCUCGCCGGCGCUGUACAAGAUCUCGGAGCAGGAGCGCGCCAAGGAUAUGGUGCGCAUGACGGCCGAGGGCGAGGAGGUCGGAGACCCCAUCGGACCGUGGUUGCAAUUCCUCGACCUCCAACCCGGCUUCAGCUCCUGGUCCCAAGCCACGAUGCUGCACAUGUACCUCGUCCUCGCCCGCCUGCGCUGCCUCGACCGCGACAGCUCCCGCAACCUGCAGCACCAGUUCAUCGACCAGUUCUUCUUCGACUGCGAGCGCAUGAUGCACCUCAACCACGGCAUGACCUCGUCCGCCCUCCGCCAGCGCUACCUAAAGGAGAUUUUCGUCCAGUGGCGCGGCCUCAUCGCCGCCUACGACGAGGGCGUCGUCAAGGACGACAAGGUCCUCGGCGCCGCCGUGUGGCGGAACCUGUUCAAGAGCCGCGAGGACGCCGAUCUGCGACAGGUCGCUGCCGUGGUCGCGUGGAUGCGCGCUACGCUUCAGGAUCUGGAGGCGGCGCCCGUGGAGGAUAUUCUUGUCGCGCCGGCAAAGGUGUUCAAGAGGGAUGUGAAAGAGAUGUUUGCUCUUGUUGAUGCUGUUGGAUCGCAGGUUAAGGGGGAUGUUGCUAAGCUUGGUGGUGGUCAGGAGGCGGCGGCGGCGGCGAAGGCGUAA